AUGGCUUGCAUCGCUUCGUCACACACGUCAACACAUGUCGUCACUCAGCAAAAUGGGGAGCAAGAAGCUCAGCGUUCCUCUACCCUCGCAGAGAAGUUGACAUCUCGAGAAGUACUACCACCCAAUGGAGGUCUAAGUGCCUGGAUGCAAGUAGCAACCUCGUUCUGCAUCUUUUUCAGUACAGGGGAGAUUAUAAGCAUAACGGCCUAUAUCAAACCUACUAUUCCUCCAGGCUUCCGUUCUCCUCACCAUCUAUCAUAUCGUGGAUGGGAUCCAUACAAGCAAUUCUUCUUUUCCUCGUAG